AUGCAUCUAAACAAGGCCCUAGAUUCCGACACUGAUAGAGCUGUUUUGUUAUCUAACGUUGGCUCUAAGCCUACAGAGUUGUACAGAUUUGCUUUCCAUGAUGAUAAUGACGAAAUCAUCGAGAACAUGAGACGGAUUUAUCAGCCACCAAGUCAUCCAAGAGAUGAUAAUGACGAAAUCAUCGAGAACAUGAGACGGAUUUAUCGGCCACCAAGUCAUCCAAGAGUACAAACUCAAGUAGUGGGCCACUCCAAUGGAUUAACUUGCAUUUGUUAUGAACCUGAGUGGAAAUAUUUCUCUGAGUUGGCUAUGUGGAAUGCAAGGAAGGACGCGAAGUUGGCUAUAUGGAAUCCGUCAAUCCAUAGGUUUAAGUGGGUACGGAUGUUGCCUAACAUAAGAACUAAAACUUUCACUUCUGAGGUAAUGGUUUACACUUCCAGAUCAGAUGUUUGGAGGAGAAUUCCAGCUUUACCUGCUAUCUAUUCCACUUUUGAAGUAGCAAGGGGAUUUUUAGAAGAGAAAACUAUCAAGUGUGUGUUCCUUAAUGGCCAUUUCCAUUUGUUGAUGGAGGAUAUUCAAGAUUUCUCAUGGAAGAUUUUAGCAUUUGACAUUGAGAAUGAUGAGUUUUCUGAUUUUGAACUGCCUGCAGAUCUAGAACCGAAUAAUGCAAUUCGUUUAGAAACACUGGGAGGUCAUCUCUAUUUGACAUUCGUUUAG